CACUCACCAAGACUCCAAUUUCUGAACAACUCUCUCAACUUAAUAAAUCCAAUAUGUCUUCAAUCAACAAUGGAAACACUGGCUCCACUGGUUCCGGCGAGCCUAAUAAGGCCACUGGUCAAUACCACUCCGUGAAGGGCACCGUUGUUGAGGCCGUCGGGAACCUUACGGGCGCCCAAACGUGGCAGCAAUCAGGCAAGGAAGAACAUGCAACCGGCGAGGCAGAGUACAAUGCCGCUCAAGCCAAGAACUGGGCUGAAGGUGCUGCUGACCGAGUGGAGGGCAAGAAGGACUCCGUUGUUGGGGCCGUUUUUGGCGACAAGUCCCAGCAAGCUCAGGGCAACUUGAAGCACGAUAAGGGUCAAGCUCAACAAGACGCAAACUCAUGGGCGUAAAUAAUAGGAAGCGGGAGAGCAGACGUUUCGAGGAAGUUGAAAUAUUAACCAUUUUGUAUAUUAUCUAUCAUUAAUGCUCGUUCAUGAACUCGAAUGCUCUCAAGGAAGAGAACACGCACACAAUGAUUUUUUUA